AGUGCCGCGAUCGAUUAGUCGGGUCUGAGCCCUGAUGGAGGACGGCAGCCGCGGAGGCUUUGGAGCUAACGACCCGACCGUCUGACUUUUGUGUGUUUUGCUCCCGUUUUUAAAGUCAAAAUUCAUCCAUGGGAGUGAGGGCGAGCGGAUUGGGGCGCUAAUUCGCCGUUAGGGGCAGAUGAGAGGCGGCGGGAGUGAGGCAGCCCGACACGGCCAUUGUGCUGGAGCCCCUGCACUACAGCAUGUAGAGACGGCAGUGCCUUCCCUUUCUGGUUUUUGCAAAUGAAAAUGGAGGAGAUGGCCCUGUCCGGCAUGGACAACAGUAAGAUGGAGGGCAUUGCUCAGGAGAUCCUGGCUGACCUAGUGGAGGACGCAUGCUUGGGGCUGUGCUUCGAGGUGCACAGGGCCGUCAAGCAGGGCUACUUUUUCCUGGACGACACUGACCAGGAGAGCACCAAGGACUUUGAAAUUGUGGACCAGCCUGGGGUGGACAUCUUUGGUCAGGUGUACAACCAGUGGAAGAACAAAGAGUGUGUGUGUCCUAACUGCAGCCGGAGCAUUGCCGCCUCCCGCUUCGCCCCUCACCUGGAGAAGUGCCUGGGCAUGGGCCGCAACAGCAGCCGCAUUGCCAACCGCAGAAUAGCCAGUGGCAACAAUACAAACAAAUCUGAGAGUGAUCAAGAGGACAAUGAUGAUGUCAAUGACAACGACUGGUCCUAUGGGGCAGAAAAGAAAACCAAGAAGAGAAAAGCAGAUAAGAAUUCAAAUUCCCCAAGAAGAUCCAAAUCAUUAAAACAUAAAAAUGGAGUGAGGAUGACUCAUUGACGACGCUCCAAGUUCGUCCUUCAGCUUUGCUGGGCUCAAAGCGACAUGAGAAGAACCAAGGGAGUCCGCGUGUGUUGCUAAGAGACGAGUCGUUUCCACAGUAACGACAUUGGCAAUGGGGGGGGGCCCUCCAAUCACUACCCACAAUGCCGUUUGGCUCACCUUCAGUAACAAACGCACGACCUGAAUUGUGCUGACUGGCGGAAGGGCCAUCGAUUAGCUUCACCGUUCGGUUUACACAAGUGUUUUCUUUCUCACUCUGUUUCUCUCUUUCUCUCUUUCUUUUUCUCUUUAUUUUCCUGGAAUAUUUUGCACAAUGAAUCGAUGUCGUGUUGAUCGUUUUGUCUUGACAGUGUAACUUGAUAGUUCUUCAGAGUGGCGCGACCUGGUGGCGUGGAACGCGCACAACAAUGGGAAGCUCUCAGGGAGGACCGGGGCGGGGCCAUUGGUUUGAAUGGCAGGUGGUAGUAAGCAAGUGGCGGAUGCCUCCCUUCACUUGAGACUUUUGAUUUUUCUUUUGCACGUCUUCACUAGGUCUUAAACGGCUGAGGAGGACGUGUUUUUAAAUGAUGGCCAAGAAAAGAUAUUUGCAAAGAACAGGACUGAUAAAUAACUCAUCAAUCAAUGCUGCUUAUUUCACCAUUUCGAGUUGUAAGGGGCUUUUUGCACGAAUCCACAAAGGUGCAUCCUUUUUUUUUUCCUGGUGAUCCUCAAGGCAAAAGAGCCGUGUUGACACCUUGAAGAACAAUUAUGAUCUUCUAAUAUCGCACUCUUACAGGAAAAAAUAUUAUAAAAUAAAACUUUGAGACUCUGUAUAAACACUUGAAAUUGCCUCUGGCAGAAAGACGUACGUAUUCCUUUGAGGAGAACGUAUCAAGACUAGAAUUUCUCCUUUUAUCAUUUUUUUGUUUCUUCCUUUCUUGGUCUUGUUUCUGUGUACUAGAUGUUUACAGUGUAAGGAAUCAUGUGUGUCUUCACUGUGUUGUAACUGUACAUACAUUUGACUAGGUGAAAAAUGCUGCUAUCCUGGCCAGGCCAUGAGCCGUAUGCUUGUGGACAUGUCAACACGUGUAAUAAACGAUCAGAACCAUG